AUGAGCAGUGAUGCCGAGAUGGCCCAGUACGGGCCGGCCUCAGUCUUUUUGCGCAAACCUGAGAAGGAGCGCAUCGAGGCACAGAACCGCCCAUUUGAUGCCAGGACUGCCUGCUUUGUGCCAGAUCCCAAGGAUCUGUAUAUCAGAGGUGUGAUCCAGAAGAAGGAAGGCGGUAACGCCACCGUGAAGACUGAUGCAAACGAAACGGUAACCGUGAAGGAAGAAGACUGCCACCCCAUGAAUCCUCCAAAGUACGAUAAGAUCGAGGACAUGGCCAUGAUGACGCACCUCAAUGAGCCGUCUGUGCUGUUUAACCUCAAAGAUCGUUAUGCAGCCUGGAUGAUUUACACGUAUUCCGGACUCUUCUGCGUGACAGUGAAUCCGUACAAGUGGCUCCCAGUGUACGAUCCACAAGUGGUGGCAGCCUACAGGGGGAAGAAGCGAAUGGAGGCUCCUCCUCACAUCUUCUCUGUGUCUGAUAACGCCUAUCAGAACAUGCUCACAGAUCGUGAGAAUCAGUCUGUCCUGAUCACUGGAGAAUCUGGUGCAGGGAAGACAGUCAACACCAAGCGUGUCAUCCAGUACUUUGCGACAAUCGCGGUGGCUGGCGGCAGCGAUAAGAAGGAACAAACUUCGGGAAAGAUACAGGGAACGCUGGAGGAUCAAAUCAUUUCAGCAAAUCCUUUGCUGGAGGCAUUUGGGAAUGCCAAGACAGUGAGGAAUGACAAUUCCUCACGUUUUGGUAAAUUCAUCAGAAUUCACUUCGGAACAACAGGGAAACUGGCUUCAGCUGAUAUCGAAACGUAUUUGCUGGAGAAGUCAAGAGUGACGUUCCAAUUGUCAGAAGAAAGAAGCUACCACAUCUUCUACCAGAUUAUGACAGGACACAAACCAGAGCUCAUAGAAAUGUUGCUCAUCACUACAAACCCUUAUGACUUCCCCAUGAUAAGUCAGGGGCAGAUCAGUGUAGCCAGCAUUGACGACAAAGAAGAGCUUGUGGCGACAGAUACCGCCACUGAUAUUCUUGGCUUCAGCAAUGAAGAAAAAAUGUCUAUCUACAAGCUGACCGGAGCUGUGCUGCAUUAUGGGAACAUGAAGUUCAAGCAGAAGCAGCGAGAGGAGCAGGCAGAGCCUGACGGCACUGAGGUGGCUGACAAAGUGGCCUUCCUCAUGGGACUGAAUUCCGCCGACCUUCUAAAAGGCCUCUGCUACCCCCGCGUCAAAGUGGGCAACGAGUACGUCACCAAAGGCCAGACUGUCCCCCAGGUAGCCAAUUCAGUUGGUGCUCUGGCUAAGUCAGUCUACGAGAAGAUGUUUUUGUGGAUGGUGAUACGCAUCAAUGAGAUGCUGGACACUAAGCAGCCGCGUCAGUUCUUCAUCGGAGUGUUGGACAUCGCAGGAUUUGAAAUUUUUGACUUCAACAGCAUGGAGCAACUCUGCAUCAACUUCACUAAUGAAAAGCUGCAGCAGUUCUUCAACCACCACAUGUUUGUGCUGGAGCAAGAAGAGUACAAGAAGGAAGGCAUUGACUGGGAGUUCAUUGACUUUGGCAUGGACCUGGCUGCCUGCAUUGAGCUCAUCGAAAAGCCAAUGGGCAUCUUCUCCAUCCUUGAAGAGGAGUGUAUGUUCCCCAAGGCGUCAGACACCUCUUUCAAGAACAAACUCUACGACCAACAUCUUGGGAAGAACAAUGCUUUCCAAAAGCCCAAAGUUGUCAAAGGCAAGCCAGAGGCUCAUUUCUCCCUGGUGCACUACGCCGGAACAGUGGAUUACAACAUCGGCGGUUGGCUGGAGAAGAACAAAGACCCGUUGAAUGAGUCUGUAGUGCAGCUAUACCAGAAGUCCUCCUUAAAACUGCUCUCUUUCCUCUAUGCGUCUUUUUCUGGGGCCGAAGCAGACUCCGGUGGUGACAAAGGUGGGAAAAAAGGGGCAAAGAAGAAGGGCGGCUCCUUCCAGACUGUGUCUGCAGUUUUCAGGGAAAAUCUCGGAAAGCUGAUGACCAAUUUGCGGAGCACCCACCCUCACUUUGUGCGUUGUCUGAUUCCCAAUGAAGUUAAAACACCAGGUAUUAUGGACAAUCACUUGGUAAUCCACCAGCUCCGCUGCAACGGUGUGCUGGAGGGAAUCCGCAUCUGCAGGAAGGGAUUUCCCAGCAGGAUUCUUUAUGCUGAUUUCAAGCAGAGAUAUCGAAUUUUGAAUGCCAGCGCUAUCCCAGAGGGACAGUUCAUUGAUGGCAAGAAAGCUUCUGAGAAGCUUCUCGGGUCCAUCGACGUUGAUCACACACAGUACCGUUUUGGGUCCACGAAGGUGUUUUUCAAAGCUGGUCUACUGGGAAAUCUGGAAGAGCUGCGGGAUGAAAAACUAGCUUCUCUUGUGACCCAGACACAAGCUGUUUGUCGGGGUUACCUUAUGAGGAAAGAAUAUUCCAACUUGAUUGCCCAAAAAGAUUGUGUGUGGAUUCUACAAUAUAAUUUGCGCUCAUUCAUGAAUGUCAAACACUGGCCAUGGAUGAAGCUCUUCUUCAAGAUAAAGCCACUUCUCAAGAGUGCAGAAACAGAAAAGGAGAUGGCCACCAUGAAAGAAGACUUCAUCAAAUGCAAAGAGGACCUGGCGAAGUCAGAGUCCAAGAGGAAAGAGCUGGAGGAGAAAAUGGUUUCCCUGUUGCAGGAGAAGAAUAAUCUUCAACUUCAAGUCCAAUCUGAUGCGGAGAACCUCUGUGAUGCAGAGGAACGAUGCGAAGGUUUGAUCAAAAGCAAAAUCCAGCUGGAGGCCAAACUGAAGGAAGUGACUGAGAGGAUGGAGGAUGAGGAAGAAAUCAACGCAGAGUUAACAACCAAGAAGAGAAAGCUUGAGGACGAAUGCUCCGAGCUUAAGAAGGACAUUGAUGACCUCGAAAUCACUUUAGCUAAAGUGGAGAAAGAAAAACACGCCACUGAGAACAAAGUUAAAAAUCUGGUGGAGGAGCUCGCGGGUCAGGAGGAAAGUAUCAGCAAGCUGAGCAAAGAGAAGAAGGCCCUUCAAGAGGCCCACCAGCAGACCAUGGAUGACCUUCAAGCCGAAGAAGACAAAGUCAAUUCGCUGACGAAGGCCAAGUCAAAGCUGGAGCAGCAAGUGGAUGAUCUUGAAGGUUCGCUUGAGCAAGAAAAGAAGAUUCGAAUGGAUCUGGAAAGGAUGAAGCGCAAACUAGAGGGAGACAUUAAACUUACGCAAGAAUCUCUAAUGGAUGCGGAAAAUGACAAACAGCAGUCUGAGGAAAGGAUGAAGAAAAAAGAGUUUGAAAACAGCCAGCUAAUCGGCAAGAUUGCAGAUGAGCAAACAAUAAACAACCAACUUCAGAAGAAGCUGAAGGAACUUCACGCUCGAAUUGAAGAACUGGAGGAAGAAGUGGAAGCUGAGCGAUCAAUGCGGGCCAAGGUAGAGAAGCAAAGGUCCGACCUGUCACGAGAGAUCGAAGAGAUCAGCGAGAGGUUGGAGGAGGCCGGAGGUGCCACUGCCUCUCAGAUUGAGAUGAACAAGAAGCGAGAGACAGAGUUCCUGAAAAUUAGGCGCGACUUAGAGGAGGCCACACUGCAUCACGAGGCCACGUCCGCCGCACUGCGCAAGAAGCAUGCGGACAGCAUGGCUGAGCUAGGAGAGCAGAUUGACAAUCUGCAGAGAAUCAAGCAGAAACUUGAGAAGGAGAAAAGUGAGCUGAAGAUGGAGAUCGACGAUUUGUCAACCAAUAUGGAAUCUGUGGCCAAAACCAAGGUCAGCUUGGAGAAGAACUGCCGCUCCCUGGAAGACCAGCUAGUGGAGCUGAAGGCCAAGAGUGAUGAAAACAGUCGUAACAUUGCAGAUCUUACUAAUCAAAGGGCGCGUUUUCAAAAUGAGAAUGCCGAGUUAUCCCGACAACUGGAGGAGCGAGAGAGUGUCAUAUCCCAGCUGACCAGAGGGAAGCAGGGAUUUACUUCACAAAUUGAUGAUCUCAAAAGACUCAUGGAGGAAGAGACAAAGGCCAAGAAUGCUCUGGCACACAGCCUUCAAUCAUCUCGUCAUGACUGCGACCUCCUCCGAGAACAAUACGAGGAGGAACAGGAAGCCAAGGCGGAGCUGCAGCGUGCUUUGUCCAAAGCUAACACCGAGGUUGCUCUUUGGAGGAACAAAUAUGAAACGGAUGCCAUUCAACGCACCGAGGAACUGGAGGAGGCCAAGAAAAAGCUGGCCCAGCGCCUCCAAGAGGCAGAGGAACAAAUAGAAGCUGUGAACUCAAAGUGUGCCUCGCUGGAGAAAACUAAACAACGACUUCACAAUGAGAUGGAGGAUCUCAUGGUGGAUGUGGAAAGGUCCAACAGCGUUGCUGCCACACUGGAUAAGAAGCAGAGGAACUUUGACAAAAUUCUAGCCGAGUGGAAGCAGAAGUACGAAGAGUCGCAGGCUGAACUGGAAGGCGCUCAGAAAGAGUCUCGAUCACUGAGCACAGAGCUCUUCAAACUGAAAAAUUCGUAUGAGGAGGCUCUCGAUCACCUGGAGACGAUGAAAAGAGAAAACAAGAACCUGCAACAGGAAAUCUCAGACCUGACAGAACAGCUAGGAGAGAGCGGGAAAACUAUUCAUGAAUUAGAGAAAUUCAAGAAGAAUGUGGAGACUGAAAAAUAUGACAUGCAAACUGCAUUGGAAGAAGCGGAGGCUUCCCUGGAGCAAGAGGAAUCCAAGAUCCUCUGCAUCCAAAUGGAACUCAACCAAGUCAAAGCCGACGUGGACAGGAAAGUGGCGGAAAAAGACGAGGAGAUUGAUCAGAUGAGGAAGAACAACCAGCGAGUGGUAGAGUCAAUGCAGGCUACUCUGGACGCUGAGGUCCGCAGUAGGAACGACGCCCUAAGAGUGAAGAAGAAAAUGGAUGGAGACCUGAACGAGAUGGAGAUUCAACUGGGCCAUGCCAACAGGCAGGCCUCCGAAGCGGUGAAACAGCUGAGGAACGUGCAGGCACAACUGAAGGAUGCCCAAAUCCACCUGGAUGAUUCCCUUCGAAGUCAAGAUGACAUGAAGGAGCAGGUAGCCAUGAUGGAGCGCAGGGCUGGCUUAAUGCAGGCUGAGAUUGAAGAGCUUCGAGUAGUUGUGGAACAGACAGAGCGGAGUCGCAAAUUGGCUGAACAGGAACUGAUUGAUGCCAGUGAGCGAGCAGGGCUUCUUCAUUCUCAGAACACCAGUCUCCUAAACACCAAGAAAAAGCUAGAGACCGAUGUUACCCAGCUUCACGGUGAAAUUGAGGAAGCCAGUCAGGAGGCCAGGAAUGCCGAGGAGAAGGCCAAGAAAGCUAUCACGGAUGCCGCCAUGAUGGCUGAGGAGCUGAGGAAGGAGCAAGACACCAGCGCCCACCUGGAGAGGAUGAAAAAGAACCUGGAGGUGACGGUCAAAGACCUGCAGCACCGCUUGGAUGAGGCAGAGAAUUUAGCCAUGAAGGGUGGAAAAAAACAGAUGCAGAAACUAGAGGCCAGAGUUCGUGAGCUGGAGACUGAACUGGAAGCUGAGCAAAAGCGCUCAAGUGAGUCAAUCAAGGGGGUCCGCAAAUACGAGAGGAAGGUCAAAGAGCUGAGCUACCAGGCUGACGAAGACAAAAAGACAAACAUUCGACUGCAGGACUUGGUAGACAAGUUGCAGAUAAAAAUGAAGGCCUACAAACGCCAUGCUGAAGAAGCCGAGGAGCAGGCCAACAUGCACAUGGCCAGAUUCAGGAAGUCUCAGCACGAGUUGGAAGAGGCUGAAGAGAGAGCUGACGUGGCUGAAUCGCUUGCCAACAAGAUGCGUGCCAAAAGCCGCGACAUCGGUCCAAAGGUAGUAGACCAGUUUGAUAUCCCAACACAACCUUUUCAAAAGUGUUCAUAA